GUCGCGGAUUCAUAUGUGGGCACAUCGGGACGAAGAGUCUUGACGUUCGCAUCGAGAUGCAACUGGCCGCGGUUCUGUUGCUGCUUUGCUCGACUCUUCUUGUCCACGUCCGAGGGCAGGCCGGUGAUGAAGGCCAGAACGUGGAGGAACUUGUGCCCAGACAAUGAGAACAGCAUAAGCAAUGACAACGCUGACCUGGAUAAUACACCGACUGAAGGAGAGCGCCUGUUUUUGACGCCUCUUAUCAACGCGGGUAGUCUCGAGGAGGCCAAGUCGUACAGCAGGGUGGGGCCCAUCGGGGCUGAUUACGAGGUGCCCAGUUACUCUGGCUACAUCACUGUCAACCCACAGUACAAUAGCAACCUAUUCUUCUGGUUCGUGCCUUCACUGAAAGACCCAGAGAAUGACCCAGUGAUACUGUGGAUGCAAGGGGGACCUGGUACAUCCUCACUCCUGGGAUUCUUCAACGAGCAUGGUCCUUACUAUCUGUCCGAUGAUGGCAACGAGGCGGCCUUUCGUGAUCUCACCUGGGCGAAACGCUACUCGAUGCUCUACGUAGACCAACCCGUGGGGACGGGAUACAGUUACACCGAAAACGACGCCGGCUAUGCCCGCAAUCAGACCGAAGUUGGUCGCGACAUGUUCGAGUUCCUGCAACAGUUCUUCACGAUGUUCGGCGAGCUGGCCCAGAACGACUUUUACAUCGCGGGUGAAUCGUACGCCGGAAAGUACGUGCCGACUGUGGGGGCCGCGCUGCACGAGAACGCGGACACGAUGCGGGUCAAGAUUAACUUCCGCGGCAUCGCCUACGGCAACGGUCUGACGGACCCUAUAAACAUGAUGGAUUUCGGCAGUUUCAUCUACGGCAUCGGCCUCAUCGACCGCGCCGCCGCUGACUACAUGUUGCGAGUCGCCAGGGAUGCGGUCGCCAUGGUCCGCGCGGGUAACACAGUCGAGAGUGGCCUCAUAAUGGACCGCCUUUUCUUCGGCAUCCUGACGCACGAAACUUUCUUUCAAGAACGUCACGGGCUUCGACUACUACUACAACUACCGACUGACACGGAGCCCGAAGGCAGCAAGGCGUACAAGGCAUUCGUCCAGAAGCCCGAGGUCAGGCGCGCCCUGCACGUGGGUUCACAAGGAUUCAGCAUGGGUCGGGAACUCGUGGCGGCCCACUUCAUCACCGACAUUAUGCGCUCGGCGGUGCCGCAGUUCACCGCGGUGCUGGAGAACGGCUACAAGGUGCUGGUGUACAGCGGCCACUUGGACAUCUGCGUGCCCACGACGCACACCGAGAAGUUCCUGGCCAACGUGGCCUGGUCGCACGCGGACCGGUGGUCUCACGCACCCCGCCACAUCUGGCGAAGCGCCGACGGCAAGCGCCUGUACGGCUACAAGAAGACCAUCGAGAACCUGAACUUCGUAGUGGUUCGCAACGGAGGUCACGUUCUGCCUUACGACCAGCCCGAGGCCAUGUUCGAGCUCAUCACAGCCUUCAUCGACAACGAGCCGCCUUUCUCCGCUCAGGCUACCUCUACCGCGUAGGCGACACACAUGUCCCGGCGCUCACGCGUAAUUUGUUCGGGAAGCGGGGUAUUCGUGAAUAUACGUAAAGAAGAACAUAACAUAGAACAAAUUUACC